GAGACGGUCGAUGAGUCUGCGGAGGAGAGGCGGGGGAAGCAACCACUGCUCCGCUCGUCGCCGCGCGCGUCACCGUCUUCUUCCGUCUCCUCGUUAUUUAUUGCGCACGCAUCCCAUUCAACUCCCUCCACAUCGCUCGCCAAGUUGCUGCCCGAGUCGCGGGAGAAGAGAUGGGUCAACGGUCGUGGGGUGGUGUUUCUAUCCGUCCGCUUGCUCUCUGCUUAUGUAGGCAAGGCAACCGCAGCGCAGCCCCAUCCCCCAACUUGCUCACUGCACUCGCGCCUUCGCUUCGUAUCUGGGUCGAGAGCCAGCCAGCCUAGAGGGAAGAAAAGAAGCAGGACAAGGCCAAGGGGAUGAAGGGAGAGACUAGUGGCUACGUCCUGCUCCUAGUUAUAGUUGUGGGCUAGCAUCCUGCUGGUCAGAGCAUUGCUUGGUGUGUAGCUCGGUUCUUGGUUGAGUUCUGGGAGGGGGAGGGGGGAGCAGGGGAGAGCGGGAGUAACAGAGGAGGAGCAGCGAUGGCGGGCAGCGGUGUGGCGGCGCUGGGGGUGAAGAAGGAGCGAGCGGCGCAGUACAAGGGCCGCAUGACGCUCGCCGUCGCCAUGACCUGCCUCGUCGCCGCCGUCGGGGGUGCCAUCUUCGGCUACGACAUCGGAAUCUCCGGAGGAGUGACCUCGAUGGACCCAUUUCUGGAGAAGUUCUUCCCGGUGGUGUUCCGGAGGAAGAACUCCGGCAGGCAGAACAACUACUGCAAGUACGACAACCAGGGCCUCGCGGCGUUCACCUCCUCCCUCUACAUCGCCGGCCUCGUCGCCACCCUCGCCGCGUCCCCUGUGACGAGGAACUACGGCCGCCGCGCCAGCAUUGUCUGCGGCGGCGUCAGCUUCCUCAUCGGCGCCACGCUCAAUGCUGCCGCCGUGAACCUGGCCAUGCUCAUCCUCGGGCGCAUCAUGCUGGGCGUCGGCAUCGGUUUCGGCAAUCAGGCUGUGCCGCUGUACCUGUCGGAGAUGGCGCCGGCUCACCUCCGCGGCGGGCUGAACAUGAUGUUCCAGCUCGCGACGACGCUCGGCAUCUUCACGGCGAACUUGAUCAACUACGGCACGCAGAACAUCAAGCCGUGGGGUUGGCGCCUGUCGCUCGGCCUCGCAGCGGUGCCCGCGCUGCUGAUGACCGUGGGCGGGCUGUUCCUCCCGGAGACGCCCAACAGCCUCAUCGAGCGCGGGCGCGUCGAGGAGGGCCGGCGCGUUCUGGAGCGCAUCCGCGGCACCGCCGACGUGGACGCCGAGUUCACGGACAUGGUGGAGGCCAGCGAGCUGGCCAACACCAUCGAGCACCCGUUCCGGAACAUCCUGGAGCGGCGCAACCGGCCGCAGCUGGCGAUGGCCGUCUGCAUGCCGGCGUUCCAGAUCCUGACGGGCAUCAACUCCAUCCUCUUCUACGCGCCCGUGCUGUUCCAGAGCAUGGGCUUCGGCGGAAACGCGUCCCUCUAUUCCUCCGUGCUCACCGGCGCCGUGCUCUUCUCCUCCACGCUCAUCUCCAUCGGCACUGUCGACCGCCUUGGCCGCCGGAAGCUCCUCAUCAGCGGCGGCAUCCAGAUGGUCGUCUGCCAGGUGAUCGUGGCGGUGAUACUGGGCGUCAAGUUCGGGACGGACAAGCAGCUGUCGCGGAGCUUCUCGAUCGCGGUGGUGGCGGUGAUCUGCCUCUUCGUGCUGGCGUUCGGGUGGUCGUGGGGCCCGCUGGGGUGGACGGUGCCGAGUGAGAUCUUCGCGCUGGAGACGCGGUCGGCGGGGCAGAGCAUUACGGUGGCCGUGAACUUGCUCUUCACCUUCGCCAUCGCGCAGGCGUUUCUGUCGCUGCUGUGCGCCUUCAAGUUCGGCAUCUUCCUCUUCUUCGCGGGGUGGAUCACCGUCAUGACCGUCUUCGUCUACUUCUUCCUGCCGGAGACCAAGGGCGUGCCCAUCGAGGAGAUGGUGCUGCUCUGGAGGAAGCACUGGUUCUGGAAGAAGGUCAUGCCGGAUAUGCCGCUCGAGGAUGGCUGGGGAGCAGCGGACGACGCUGCACCUGCCAACAGCAAUCGCAAGUGAAGUGUGCAUGGUUUCAUAGACUGUACUACAACAUGAGGACAAUGCCAUGUAGGAGGAUCAGGAUGCUUAUCAUAUGUAGGUUGUGUGAAUUCGAUGUGCAUUUUAUUAUGUGCUUGUAUUGUUGUGGCUUGCAUCUUCA